CAGUCAGUCCCUCCACCCGGAAGUAGGCGGAUCCGGAAGUCAGUUCCCGCAGGCGGAAGUGAAGGCCGGGGCCCGUCGGCUGGACUGGAGACGUCUUGGGGCGGCGAGAAGGGAGAAUUCGACUUAAGAUACAUUUCCAGGACAAUUUACGAAAGGUUUCCUCCGCCUGUGUCUCCUAUCUUUCCUUUUAUCCGUUACAUAGCCCGUCUCGAACCUGGUAUCCUCUGCUCCCUCUCUCGUCCUCCGUGUCCUUGCUGAGCUCCAGUCCCAGCGUUAGCCCAGCCUGCUCUCCUCUAGUGCUGGCAUGGCGGGGCGAGGAGGAGCGACGCGGACCAACGGCACUACCGCCGCAGCCGCCAACAAGAUCUGCCAGUUCAAACUGGUGCUGCUGGGAGAGUCAGCUGUAGGCAAGUCCAGCUUGGUACUGCGCUUCGUCAAGGGCCAGUUCCACGAGUACCAGGAGAGCACCAUCGGAGCUGCAUUCCUCACGCAGACAGUCUGCUUGGACGAUACAACAGUAAAGUUUGAGAUUUGGGACACAGCCGGACAAGAAAGAUACCACAGUCUGGCUCCGAUGUACUACAGAGGAGCACAGGCGGCCAUUGUAGUCUACGACAUCACUAACACAGACACUUUCACCCGAGCAAAGAACUGGGUAAAGGAGCUCCAGAGACAGGCCAGCCCCAACAUAGUCAUCGCCCUGUCUGGAAACAAAGCCGACCUUGCUAAUAAGAGAGCUGUGGAUUUCCAGGAAGCGCAGGCGUACGCAGACGACAACAGCCUGCUUUUCAUGGAGACAUCCGCCAAGACCGCCAUGAAUGUCAAUGAGAUCUUCAUGGCCAUCGCUAAGAAGCUUCCGAAGAACGAGCCACAGGGUGGGGCGGGGCCUGGGGGGCGCGCUCGGGGCGCGGUCGACCUUCAGGAGGCGACACCUCAGGGCAGAUCCGGCCAGUGCUGCGGAGGAGGAAACUAACCAUCCGCCCGGUCGUGCGGAGAAUGUGGCCCGAGGAUCAACACAGACACAUUAUCAACCAACUCAUAGUCUGACAGUUAUGUCUAUUCACAGCCCCAAGUGGAAAAUCUAGUCAGUUAGACUAUGACGUCCAUCAGAUUCUACUUCUGAACUGACCAAAGGGGCCGUUCACAGCCACUUGUAAAUAUUUUGACCAAUUAUCCCUCCUUCUCAUAGUCAGAGCCACAAUCCUCCUUCUUAGCAGCUGUGUUUAAGAAUCAGACACCUGUCAAAACCUUUUGUCCAAAAAACAAAUGAUAAAUAAUGAAAUGAAUUCGGGAUCGAAGGAGGGAAACCGAUCAAUUCUGUCGCACUUAACCGGAGUUGUGAGGUUCUUAUUCUUAGUCUGUAUUUACAAAAAACAAAACAACAAAAAAAAAUCAACACUGCAACAGCUGAAGGGAAAACAGACUUCCUUCUACUUUAUAUUCUCACCCUCUCUCUGAGUCUCUCACUCUCUUGCCCCAUUCUCCCUCUCCCAUCAGUGCACUCUUAACUCUCUCCGUCUUUCUCUUAGUGUCUGGGCACGGCUCCUUAAAAGUAUUGAAUCCUUUUUCCUGAUCUAAUUCCUCAACAAGAGGAGACAGACAGACAGGGGGCGAGAGUCUGUUUUCCCUUCACGCACCGCAUUUCUGUAGAUUCUGUAUUAUUCUUGGUUAUUGCUAUUAUUAUUGUAAUUAUUAUGAAUACCACUACUCCAAGACUAAUAAACGUAAAACCAUAGAUUAGUUCUCCCCCCUCGGAAAUCAUUACUGUCUGAGAUCUUAAACUGUAAAUGCUUCACGCAUUAACAGCGGUAACACCAGUGUGUCUUUAAGCAUUAAUGAAAUGAGAUUUAUCGAAUCAUUCAAUCAAAACCAAGCUGGUGUUCAACACGAAUAACACAAGGCAAGGUUCGCUUCCUCUGACCAAAAUCACAAUGUACGUGUAUUGAAAAUAACUAUGUUGCUGUAUUUGUACUUUGUAUUUUCUUUUUCUUUUUUUUUUCUGCAAAAAAAUAUAUAUCCAAUCAUUAGCCAUCAUCAAUACAGUACCUUCCCGAAACAGAUCAAUCUUCCAUCUUUUUGGUCCCUUUUUUUAUUAUUUUUUUUUAUUUUGGUGAAAUGAAUUUUUUAUUUUAUUUUUUUUUAGUUUUCUGAGUGCACUGGCUGUCUGUCUUACGAUUAUUUUUUUAUUUUAUUGUUUUUGUUUCCAUUCACCUGAAGGUGAACUCAUCAUCUUGUAAUUUAGCACAACAGAUCAGAACCGCUGCCCAGGCCCCACAUGGAAAGGGUUGGACAAAUGUUUUGUCGUCUUUCUUGAAUGGGGGACACAAACAACAAUCUUCUACGUGUAAUUUUACCAAUAAAAAAAUGGGGAAGGUA